GGUGGCGAUCAGCUGAUGCUCCAUAACAAAACCUAACCGCCUCUUGCAGACGGCGCACGGACGCCGCAACCAUCGGAUUUUCUUCGUCUUUUCCAGAUAUGGUAGCAGUUAAUUGACGUAAGCAACAACAGAAAACCAAAAUCGCUGGAGAUGAUGUUACUUAGGUGCAGUUCAAGAACUUUACCUCGCUUGAGAUUUGGGAAUCGGCUCGACCGAAGAUAUGGCCCACCACUUUUAGUUAAGGGAAGCCAGUGUUAUUCUACAGGCGGUGACAGUGCUGACAGUAAAUCUGUAGCAACUUCCUCGACACCACAGAAAGACCAUCCUACUGUUAAAUUCGGCAGGCUAACUGACCACAAAGUUGACAAUUUGGAGAGGUAUCUCUUAGUAUGGGGAGGAAAGUUUAAAAAUGUUAGUGAGGUACCUAAGUAUGUAAGCCAAGAUACAAUGGAACGAGCGCGAAAUAAGGCUAGGAUUAAGAUUAACUUGAUGAUGUGUGCUGCAACUGUCGUGGGUUGCCUUUUGAUGGUCAUGUCAGGGAAAAGGGCACAGAGGGAGGGGCAGUCUCUUAUUAAGAUAAAUCAAGAGUGGCAUCGAAAGAAUAAAGAAGAAGCCGAAGCCGAAAAAAAGGACUAAAUUCAAGAUAUUAAAAUACUGUAAAUAUAACUGCUAAUGCAAGUUUAUCAAGGGCAUCAUAUAUUUUGGCUUAGAGUAGUAUAAAUGCAGUACUGUUGAGGUGAGUUCUGCUUAUGUAGCGUUCACAUGUGUGAUGAGGUUUUGCAUAUAAGGAACAGAGCUGAAGUGAAGUUUUGAGUACUGUAUUAUCAUGAAUUAUUUAUAAUGCAAAUAAACUUGAUAUUUACCGUACAAGAAUGAAUUAUAGACUGACAGUUCAUAUGAAGCUGAUUUGGAGAAAAAGUAUUUUUUUUUUUGUAAAAUUUUAAACUAUUCAUGCAACAGUUUUUUAUGUACGUGUAUUAUAAAUUAAUGAAUAUAAAAAAAACCUAUAAGUAAUUAUUGUAUAGGAAAGUCAGAAUGCUUUUCACUUAGUUAUAUAAGGUGUUGUGAUAUGCUAAUGAAUUUUGUAAGCAGU